CACGGAUCAGCAGAUAAAGGACCCACAUGCACAGCACCGAGGCAGGAUAAUGAUCAAACACAGGUUUAUUGCUAUAAGCGGAGUCAGACGGUCCAGGUCAUACACAAAAGGCUCAGCAAAAGGUACAAAGGGGAGCAGGCGAUCUCGAGUCCAGUAUGUAGGCGAGGUUCGAUACACGGAAGAUCUUGGCUAAGGUACAGACAGGGAUUAAGCGAACUCACGGUCGGUUGGUUAGUCCAGGUGCAGACAGGAAACGACGGUCAAGGCAAACAGGAAAAAUACGCGACGAACACGGACACGAAACACUGGAACGAGGAAACUCAGGAAACUCGAGAUACUCAGGAAACACACGAAACUCAUGAAACUCGGAAACUAACGAAACUCAACAAUCUGGCAAGGGACUAUGGGAACAGGAGCUGACUAAAUACACAGACCUUCUUCAUCCAUACUGGUAAAGAACAACACAGACCUGGCACCUUUUUAAGGCCUAAUUGAAGAUUUUUGUGGAGGAGUGUCAAACAGGUGAGUCUCACUAGUUUCUAAUAGUUAUGAACAGAAGGUUUCUCUUUGGUCACCAAAGGUAAAACAAUGAAGUUUAGACCAUUUGAAUAUCAGUGUUCACUGUUAUGCAAAAGGGAGGAGAAAAUGUGUCAAUCCAAUGAGAACAGGUUUACACAUGCUUUGCGAGAUGUGUCUGAUGCUCUGUUUGGAUAGUGAUGGAAACUAGUUUUGUAAAAAAAAACUGGUCAAAUCGACCAAUAAAAACUAUAAUAUAGCCUGUGAUGUGGGGUCUCUGGCCCAGCCCAGACCCAAGACAGCACGCUAGGAUUGAAAAAAAUGUCUUUUAUUUAUGCUGUGAGGUACAUAAAUGAAUAAAACUGUGACAAUAUAUAAAUUGUGUUUUUGGAGUUCAUGUUACAAGGUUUAUAGAGGGGGAGAAUGACAGACUUGCCAGUUUUUUAAAAAUCGCAAAACAUUUUGAGCACCAGGUGUGUUAGACUAUGUUGUAGUGCUUUAUGUUUGAGGGCUUGUGUGUAUUGUCAAAGAACCAUUCACAAGAUCCUGCACUGAAAUCCAAGCCUGUCUAACUACUGCAUUACAUAUCAGGCUGUUUAAAAGCAUUGUUAAAAAAAGUGUUUAUUGUGGUCUGAUAAACGAUCACACAGGGUUACAACAGUAGCGUUACUAGAACACACCCACCUUAAUUCCAGCUGCAUCAUAACAUAGCAUGGCAUUGCUAAUAGCCUGUCGACUAACAUGCUACAGGGUGUACCCCGCCUUUCGCCCAUAGCCAGCUGGGAUAGGCUCCAGCAUCCCCACCCCCCCCUGACCCCAUGUACGGAUUGAACGGAUUAGAAGAUGGAUGGAUGGAUGGAAAGAAACACCAGUUUAACGUUCGCACAACUACAUCACCUCCGCAAAUAACGAGAGUAACGUCACACAUGAAUAUGAGCCGUCAUGUCUGUCUUUUCAUUAAAUAUAAUUAAAGUCAUCAGUCAGUAGACUAGCUUGUUGCUGCUUGUGGAGCUUUCAUUCAUUACUGUGCAAUAACCCUGCAAUGACCUCAUACUCACUCUAACUGUACUGUACUGCUUUGUACUGUGCCAACACAAACUGUUCUGUACCUGUAUUCUCGCUCAUCUGUACUGCUGUUGUGAGACGUAAUUUCCCCACUGCGGGACUAUUAAAGGUUUUCUUAUUUCUUAUUCUUAUUCAGGAUCUGCUGUGCCACGUCAAAGGACUGAAACAACUUCCUUGUUCAUUAGCCGAUCAUUUUACGCACGCACAGAUCUAAUGUGACCUUAAUUUGACUUGAUAGAAAUCACCUCUGUGUAAAACUGAAUUACAUGGCUAAUUUAAUUCAUUUCUGCGUUUGGUCUAGUUUUAGAGUGUAAUUAAAAGUUACGGUGGUACUGAUUCAUACACUGUGCAUCAUGUCAUGUUUCAAACAUUGAAAUCCUUAUUAGUUACAGUACAUGUAUUAAAUGAACUGCAGCAAAGUAUGGCCUGAGUUUUUACCUCAUUCCAUACUAUACAUUAAUUUCCCAUCUUAGAUUUAACAGCCGUUUCAAGGUAACAAAAAUCACAGCAGAUCUGAUCUACUGCACUGUAUAGUGGGUGCAAAAGGUGAGACGGGGAAGUCUGCAGAGUGACUUUGCUGUGUUUUAUGUUAUAUGAUAAAAGGUGCUGUUGUUGUUGUUCACAUAAUGUCACAGUAACUUGACACCACCACAUCAGCUAAUCCAGUUUUGUAAUUCUUAGGUUUUAUUUUGGGUAAUUUAGACAUAUUUCAUAAAAUUAAUUAAUGAUCAGUUGAGUGAUCGCUUGUUGGAUAGAUUUUAAAUUUGCAAAUAAUACGUUUUCUGCUUGUUGUGCAUGAGUCAGAGUAAAGGAGAAUUUCUUUAUUUGGCUCAGCUGUAAGCAAUGAAACACUUAAGUUUCACGUUUCCCUGAAGGACUGAAGGUUUAGUUCAUACUUACUGUGCACUCCUCAGCUGCACUGACCUCCAAAACCAUAACAUUACUGAACUUAUGAAAGGCUGGUUCUUGGAUUUUCAAGCGAAGCUGCUUCUGUUUAUAGCAGGUUCAGCUCUGUGAGUGUGCUGCACCACUAGCCUUUGUACAUGGAUCAUUGUUCCAGUCUCAGACCUAUUUUAGUACAAUAGCUCUUUAACUGGAUUGGUGUUUUGAACCCACAGGAAUAUAGUUGCCAGCUGUUUUAUCCUCCUGCCUGUGGGUCAGUACACAAGGCAGCUGAUGGGUGGAGCACAGUGGGAGGGGAUGCCUAGAAAGUGAUAGGAUCUUCUUAGCUUAGUGCAGAUUGCCACAGUGAGAGGACGGGAGGGCUCAUGAGCUUGAAGGUGCUUUACAGCAUCACAUAGCGUUGGAUAUUUUACAACUCAUUCAGUGCUGAAUGAGUCCUUUUUUUCCUUGUUUUGUUUUUCAAUUCAUUUCUUUUGCUUCUGUUUUUUUCUUUCCAACUGGAUUUUAUAACUUUGGGCCCUACAUUUAUGGGUUGCUGGUAGGACAUAAAACAUAGGACACUGGACAGGUGUCUCAUGAUGGCCGUGGCUUUGGAUGCAGUGUGGGUGAGGGUGAAGAAUGUAUGCAAACAGAAUGGACUCCUCAUCAUGUCGGUGCUGGCUGUGGUCAUCGGAUGUCUUUUGGGAUUCUUCCUGAGGACACGUCGCCUCUCAGAGCAGGAGGUGAAGUACUUUCAGUUUCCAGGGGAACUGCUGAUGAGGAUGCUGAAAAUGCUGAUUCUCCCACUCGUUGUGUCAAGUUUGAUGUCAGGACUAGCUGCCCUCGAUGCUAAGUGUUCAAGUCGGCUGGGUCUAAUCACUGUGUCUUAUUACCUGUGGACGACAUUUGUGGCCGUGAUAGUUGGGAUCAUCAUGGUGUCCAUUAUCCACCCUGGUGGUGCAGCCCAAAAAGAAGACUCAGAGGACAGUGGCAAACCUAUCAUGAGUUCUGCUGAUGCUCUACUAGACCUUAUAAGAAACAUGUUCCCGUCUAAUCUCGUUCAGGCAACAUUUCAACAAUAUAGAACAAGUAGUGAGUACAUUGUAAAACCCAAACCAACAGUGAGUCAGUCCCAGUCAGAGUUGACGUCACGACGAAUGCUCAUCUAUGGUAUCCAAGAUGAUAAUGGAACUGACAUUCAGAACUUUGCACUUGACCUGACUCCACCCCCUGAUGUGCUCAUACGCACUCGAGAAGGAACAAGUGAUGGAAUGAACGUUCUUGGAAUUGUUAUUUUUUCAGCCACAAUGGGUAUAAUGCUGGGAAGAAUGGGGCCAAAUGGCAGCGCCCUGGUGAACUUCUGUCAGAGUUUAAAUGAGGCUGUCCUUAAAAUUGUUGCCAUAGUUAUAUGGUACUUCCCUUUCGGCAUUGUGUUCCUGGUUGCUGGUAAGAUCCUGGAGAUGAGUGACCCGUCAGCCAUGGGAAAGAAGCUGGGCUUUUAUGCUGUCACUGUGGUGUUUGGUCUUGUGUUGCACGGCUUGUUCAUCCUACCUGCUAUGUAUUUCUUCAUCACCAAAAAGAGUCCUAUCGUCUACAUACGAGGAAUCCUGCAAGCUCUGCUCAUUGCCCUGGCAACCUCCUCCAGUUCUGCCACAUUGCCUAUAACCUUCAAGUGCCUCUUAGAGAACAAUCACAUUGACCGGCGUAUCAUCCGCUUUGUGCUCCCUGUUGGAGCUACCAUCAAUAUGGAUGGGACUGCCCUCUAUGAAGCUGUGGCAGCAAUAUUUAUUGCUCAAGUUAAUAAUUAUGAGCUGGACUUUGGCCAGAUCAUCACCAUCAGCAUCACAGCCACUGCAGCAAGUAUUGGUGCAGCGGGUAUACCACAAGCCGGAUUGGUCACUAUGGUGAUAGUGCUAACGUCAGUUGGUUUACCAACUGAUGACAUCACUCUCAUCAUAGCAGUGGAUUGGGCAUUGGACAGAUUCCGCACCAUGGUGAAUGUAAUGGGGGAUGCUUUGGCCACAGGCAUCAUGGCACACAUUUGCAGGAAAGAUUUUAUGAAAGAGGGCGAUGGGGUGCCUUUGAUGUGUGAAAUGAAACCUGCAACAAACGCCACACCUCUGAUGAACUGUCAUAACAACAAUGGAAACUACUGUUCCCCUUCCUCUGUGGUCAAACUGGAAGAUGUCCCUCCUGAAGUCGUCCAGCUCAUGCAGUUGGAGGAGGGCAUCCGGCUAUCUACAGCAAGGAAGAAGCCUCUGAUUCCUCCAAAACAUACAAAGAAGAACAAAGAACACUGUAUGAUUGACAUGAAUGGCCUUGAGACCAAUGUAUAGCCUCCUACUGGAGACUGGGAAGAAAAUGUUAGAGAAAAAGGGUACAACACAACUAAGCUUUUCCUCUUCUACCAGUAAAAUAGGCACUGGCAUCAAAAUGUCCAGAAAACUUUUAUAAAGUUAUAGGUCAGACCCUGCUUCUGUUAAACAGAGCAAAAGGCACCAACAGGAUGAUAGAAUGGGUUUGAGAAUAAUAUUCCAAACCAAUGAACUGAUUUUUAUUUCAUAUCAACAUUUUUAUGAUUUCAUAAUGUUUUGCUCUGUUUUCAAUGAUAAUAACAGUUUAUUGCAUGUCAUACUACUACAAACAGUGUUUUGUAUCACAUAAAAGACUGCAAGUGUCAGGUACAGUAUGAGCUUAAUGAUUAUGAGUUGAAAUAGUGGUCACAGUUCACAGCUUUUGAAAAUAUGAGUUUAAAUAUACGGUAAGUGAAAUGUUUAUAAAUAAGAUCUGAAAAUCUGUUUAAUUUUGCUUCAUUCAGUACAGAAUAGUCUUUGCAAAGUUUUGAAACCUAAACCCGUAAAAAAAUCAGAUCACAUUUUUCAGAGUUUUAAGAAAAAUAGUUUGAAGUGUUUCAAAUCUACACAUAUUGGACACAAAGUUGAGAAUGAACAAGGUCUUAUUUUAUUUUUGUGAAUCAUACUUUCAGUUUUACAAACAGUAUGUAUCUUUCUGUAUUAAUUGUGACCUUGAUUUCACCCUGUAAAUGUUCUCGAGAUUUUUAAUUUUGCCUUAUUAAAGCUGGUGGUGCUACUGUAGUUUGACAGCAAUGAAUGAAUGAAUUAUUUCUAUCAUUUGAAGAUUUUAAAUCUUUUAUGUUUAUAUAUGUAUUAUUAUUAAAUGCAACACUAUUUUUAUGGGAACUUAAAGUGUAUUCUGAGAUCUUUCUUUCCCUUUCACUGUCUUCUCUGUCUGGAUUUCAUUAUAUUUUUGAACCUAGUGUCUGCAGCUGAUACAUGAAUAAGACACAUCCUCAAUACAAUGAAAUGAUGAGAUGUUCUGGCAAAUGUUAGGAAAUUCACAGCUUUCCUCAGCCAAAUGUAUUGCUGUAUUCAGUGACUGUACUGCAUAUUUGACUAUAUGACACUGCUGUAUGUAAAUGACACAGUAUACACAGCUCAGCUAAAUAGUUAAUGGCAAAAGAGUAUUAAAAACAGUAAUUAUUUUUAUGGAACAGCUUUCAAUGGUGUAUUGUAGUAUUGUUUUUAUGAUUAAAUCAAUAUAUUUACAAGCACAUGGUAAGAGAGUAACCAUUAUAUGCUGGUAUGCUAUGUCCAGCCUCAUGUAUAAAGUAAAAGCUAGAAAGUCAUAAUGAAUUUAGGAAUUCAUGAAUGGAAAUUUUUUACCAUGGUAUACUAAUAUCUACUAAUGUACAGGUGUUCCACAUGAGAAGUGUGAAUCACUAAUGUCCACAACAUCAUCUAUCUACUCUGUGUAAUAAGUCAUGUGAAUUUGUUAAUCAUCCAUCCAUCCAUCUUCCAUACCGUUGAAUCCUAUUUGCUGAAUCGCGGGGGUGCUGGAGCCUAUCCCACCUGGCUAUGGGCAAGAGGCGGGGUACACACUGGACAGGUCACCAGGCCAUCGCAGUUUGUUAAUCAUGUGUUGUUUAUUUAUCUGUAGUGAGCAAGCUGCAUCCAAUUAUGCCAACACUAACAGUAACAAUGCUUUGCUGGGUAAACAAUGGUUAAAUGUUCUUGAGCUUAGGCUCAAAUAUUGCAAUACAAAAAUAGCAUUACUUAGUUUUUGCGUAACGGGUGGCCCAAGGGUUAUAUAUUAGGGUUAUUGUUAUGUCUGAACAUUUGUUCAGAAAUGUAGUCCACUUGGUCCAUGUCUCAUAAAAUGUUUCUUUAAAUAAAAAUAAAAUGUGUUUUUUAUCAUAUACAAUGCUUUCAAAACAGAACUUUCAGAACAGAACUUCUUUUCAUUGGAGUUGUCUUACUCCUACAAGCUCGGUCCUCUACCGGAGGCCUGGGAGCUUGAGGGUUUUGCGCAGUUUCUUAGCUGUUCCUAAGAAGAAGAUGAUGUUGCUCCUGGGAUCUGCUGGAGCCACUCUCCCAUUUUAGGCGUUACAGCCCCUA